AGAGACAGCUGCUGCUCUUACCCCUAUAAAGAUGGACCCUGAGAUUGUGGAGAAUAUUGUUCUGCUGGCGAUUGUCACCUUGAUAAGUGUCAUCCAGAAUGUUUCAUUUGCAUUCAAAGUGGAGAAUGAAUCCAAGAGUCAGCAAUCCAGGAGUUUCCAGAGGACCGGCUCCCCAGCAUUUGAGAAAGUGUAUACGGCAAACCAAAACUGUAUUGAUGCAUAUCCAACCUUUCUAGCUGUGCUGUGGUGUGCGGGAUUGCUCUGUAGUCAAGCACCUGCUGCCUUUGCUGGCCUCAUGUAUUUAUUUGUCAGACAGAAGUACUUUGUUGGAUAUCUGGGAGAAAAGACACAGAGCACCCCUGGGUAUAUUUUUGGAAAACGCAUCAUCUUUUUCCUGUUUGCUAUGUCGGUGGCUGGCGUCCUGAACUAUUACCUUAUUUUAGUUUUUGGAAGCAGCAUUGAAACAUACCUGAAAACAAUGAGCAGUGUUAUCUCACCAUUACUUCUUAUCCCAUAAUCCUUACGUAUUUGGUCUAUAUGGGUUCAGGCCAUGUUUUUGUGGUCCACAAUUUCAUUGGUUCUACCUUAGACUAUAACUACUUAGUCUUGUAGUUCCAGGUAUAUCCAAGAAAAUGUACAAUCAAGCACUCCCUAACUGGCUUUUUGGCUGCCCCCCCCAUCCCAUUUACUGCUUUUGGCCCCUUGGGGUGCCAGCCCCACAGUUUGGAAACCGAUGCCAUAAUCAUUAUUUUGUGCCUUUGAAAAGCUUUACAAACAAUAAGAAGCCCAUGUACAUUGCACCAGUGCAACAGUAGUCGGACCCACUUUUAUAGGAAACUGCUUCUGGACGCAUGGAGCCCCAUGUGCCCAUCUUGCCCCACCCCAGCCAUGACUAAACAUGACCUCAGUACCCCCUAUUUAAUUUUGCUUCAUUUACAGCAAUCUAGACACCCAGUGGGGAUGGGCACCCGGUGGCUCACUGAUUGUGACCCUGACUGUGUAAAAAGCAUUUGGCCCCCAACCUUGUGACUGAAUCAGAUAUUUGGGCCACAGUGUAGAAUAAAUAAAAGUGACGGUAUACAGAAAAAAAAUAAGUGACCCUUAUUUUAGACAAUUUAAUUAAAUGUAUUUUCCCUUUAACAAGGGGGUUAAUUCACUAAAUGCAGGAAAAGUUCUUAUACAAAUUAGACCUCUCUAAAACUGAACUGGUUCUCUUCCCCCCAUCCAACGCCCACAUUGUUCCCGAGGUAUCUAUAACGGUUAACAAUUCUACCAUCACCCCAUCUUCCCAGGCCCGGUGCCUUGGGGUUAUCCUUGAUUCUGCCCUGUCCUUCACUCCUCAUAUCCAAUCACUUAUCAAAUCAUGUCACUUUCACCUAAGAAAUAUCUCCAAAAUCCGAUCAUUUAUCACCCAAGAUGCUGCCAAAAUUCUUAUUCACUCUCUUAUAAUAUCUCGCCUGGACUACUGUAACUCACUAUUAAUUGGCCUUCCCCUCCAAAGACUGUCCCCUCUCCAGUCCAUAAUGAAUACUGCUGCCAGGCUCAUACACCUCUCCAACCGCUCCUCCUCUGCCAUGCCGCUCUGCCAAUCCCUGCACUGGCUUCCCCUACCAUCCAGGAUAAAAUUCAAACUCCUGACUCUCACAUUUAAAGCAGUCCAUAACUCUGCCCCACCCUACAUCUCUGAACUCAUCUCUAGGUACCAUCCAACCCGCUUGUUACACUCCCUACUGACCUGCUCCCCAACUCCUCUCUCAUUCCCUCCUCACACACUCGCAUUCAAGGCUUUGCAAGGGCUGCCCCCCUUCUCUGGAAUUCGCUCCCACAAUCUGUCAGACUUUCUCCCAAUCUCUCUGCCUUCAAGAGAUCUCUAAAAACACAUUUAUUUAGAGAAGCUUACCCUAAUCUAGUUUAGCAAUACCCUGUGCCCCACCUCUCACAACUCUGGUCAUGCCCAUUCCCACACCUUGUGUCUCAACCCUUUCUCCUUGUAGAUUGUAAGCUCUUUUGGGCAGGGCUCUCUUCCCCUCUUGUAUCGGUUAUUGAUUGCUUUAUAUGUUACUCUGUAUGUCCAAUAUAUGUAACCCACUUAUUGUACAGCGCUGCGGAAUAUGUUGGCGCUUUAUAAAUAAAUGUAAUGUAAUGUAAUGUAUUGAUCUUAUAAAGAUGGAAGUGCUAAAAUUUUCUGUUUAUAGAUAUUGACACAUGGGAACCAAUUAACUCGCAGCAGGAAAGACAAGAAAUAAUGCAAAUAAAACAACCUCUUUUACUUGUAAUGUA